AUGUCCGAAUUUAUCGGAGCGAGGAUAUCCCUCAUAUCCCGGAGUGACAUCCGCUAUGUCGGCACCCUUCACAGCAUCAACUCGGAUGACUCGACCGUCUCCCUCGAGAACGUGAGGUCAUUCGGCACCGAGCAUCGGGAAGUCGCCGAGUUCGUCCCGCCGUCCGACCAGAUCUACGAGUACAUCGUCUUUCGCGGCACAGAUGUCAAGGACUUGAGGAUUGAAGAGGGCCCGGCGCCGCCCAAAGAGGAGAAACCGCCUGCGGUGCCCAAUGACCCCGCGAUUUUAGGUGCUCGGCCUCGGCCCGCGAAUGUCGCUCCUGGCCCGCCCGGUCCUCCUGGCCCCCAAGGUCUUCAAGGUCCUGUCGGUGGCCCCGGUCUUCAGAACCAGCAAGGCCCGCCGCCUGGCGCGCCUGGCUUCGGUUAUUUCCCUCCUCAUAUGGCAGGUUGGGGCCGCGCCGGGGCUCCCGGCCCUGGUCCGUUUGGUGGCAUGCCAUACCCUCCUCCUGGUUGGUUUCCGCCGGGACAGGAGUUCCCGCCGAUGGGACACGGUCCUUGGAACCCAUACCAAUUCCAGCCCGGCCCCGGUGGUCCCCCGGGCGCGGUGGGUGUUCCGGGCCAAAGUCGGCAGUCGGCAAACCAGACGCCGAGCAACCAAGGAUUGACACAGAAGCCGGCUCCCAUUGGGCCCUCUGCCGACAAGAAAUCGAUCACGCCUUCUCCGCAAACCGGUAUUCCAUCUGAGCCCAAGGCCAUGAGCCAGGCGCCCAAGCAGCCAGCAGCCGCCGCUGCCCCACCGCCGCCUGUGGAGUCAAAACCGACAGUUGACGAGGUCAAGGCAACGGCUGCGUCUCUUGCCAACAACGCCCCAGCAGCGGCGGCGCCAGCCGUGACCAUUCCCACCGGGCCGAAGAACAGCCGUCCUACACAAAUUCUGCCUGCGGUUCCCCUGCCUGCUGCUCUAACUGCCAAGGUUGCUCAGGCCCAGGCCCCACCUAAACCUGUCACUGAGCCAACCAGCGCUGCCGCCGCCGCGGCGGCGUUGAGGGAUGCCACACAAGCUGCCAAGGAUGCUGUGGCAGUCGCCAUGGCGAAGCUUGAUGGCUCGGCUUCGACCUUGCAGCAGCAAGUCGAGGCAAAUGGCGUGGAUAACUUGACGAAGAAGGUGGACGAAAUGAGGAUUCACGCUGCUCGCACAGGACAAGGCCAUCGAGGCGAUUCUCGGGGCGACCAUCGGGGUGACCAUCGGGGUGACCAUCGGGGUGACCAUCGGGGUGACCAUCGGGGCGGUCGGGGCCGCGGCCCUCGUCCCGCCAAAGUGGAUGUUCCCGACACCGAUUUUGACUUUGCGUCGGCCAAUGCAAAGUUCAACAAGCACGACGUCAUCAAGGAGGCCAUUGCAGGCUCGCCGCUCGGUGAGGGCCCCGCGGCCGAGGUGGCCUCUCCCGAGGCUGCGGCUGACGCACCGGCCCCUGUGGAGCCGGCAUACAACAAGAACAAGUCGUUCUUUGACAACAUCUCGAGCGAAAUGAAGGACAGGGAGAAUGCCGGCCAGAAGCUCGGCGGAGCCCAGUGGCGUGGCGAGGAAACCCGCAAGAACAUUCAGACGUUUGGCCAGGGCAGCGUCGACGGAGGCUACCGUGGGUAUCGCGGUGGACGUGGCCGGGGCCGCGGCGGCCGCGGUCGGGGUUACCGCGGUGGGCGCGGCGGUAAUGGUGAAUUCCGCCCGCGCGAAUCUCAGCCGGCAGCCCAGUAA